CUCCUCGCUCGCCGCAGCAGGAGCCCGCGCGGGAGACGCGAGCAGAGAGCCGCCAGCAGCCGAGCCGGCCCAGCCUGGUCCGCAGCCCGGAUCUCCGCGCGGGGCAACCGCGGGAGAGCACUGUCUCCGGUUGGGACGCGUGCCGCUCACUAGGCACCGCCCGAGCACGAGCCAGGCUGCACGAAAAUUUCCUGUGUGCCCUCCUCGGUUGCUCUACAAUGAGUGCCAAAUCUGCCAUCAGCAAGGAAAUUUUUGCACCUCUUGAUGAAAGAAUGCUGGGAGCCGUCCAAGUCAAGAGGAGGACAAAGAAAAAGAUUCCUUUCUUGGCAACUGGGGGUCAAGGAGAAUAUUUAACUUAUAUCUGCCUGUCAGUAACAAACAAGAAACCCACGCAGGCAUCUAUCACGAAGGUCAAGCAGUUUGAGGGCUCCACAUCAUUUGUCCGAAGAUCCCAAUGGAUGCUUGAGCAGCUCCGCCAGGUUAAUGGUAUUGAUCCUAAUCGGGAUUCUGCAGAGUUUGAUUUGUUGUUUGAAAAUGCCUUUGACCAGUGGGUUGCUACCACUGCCUCAGAAAAGUGCACCUUCUUCCAAAUCCUCCACCACACCUGCCAGAGGUACCUCACAGACAGGAAGCCAGAAUUUAUUAACUGCCAGUCCAAAAUUAUGGGAGGAAACAGCAUCCUCCAUUCAGCAGCUGAUAGUGUGACCAGUGCAGUACAGAAGGCAAGCCAGGCCUUGAAUGAGCGUGGGGAACGGUUAGGCCGAGCGGAGGAGAAGACAGAAGACAUGAAGAACAGUGCCCAGCAAUUUGCAGAAACUGCAUACAAGCUUGCCAUGAAGCACAAAUGUUGAGAAACUGCCUGUCCUGGUGAACCUCUAAAGAAAAUGGCGGAGUUUGUUCAGCAGUCAUUACAAGAAUUCUACACUGCUGCUUCUUUGUUGUUGUUGUUUGGUUUGGUUGGUUUUCUGAUGUAAGGACAUUGAGGGGUUUCGGCUUUUCCUCUCCAGACGUUAAUGUGAAUGACAACAUGUUGUGUAUACAUUUCCCUGUCUUGCUACGGAAUGUUGCAAUAGCAUCAGCUUCAUUUUUUUUUUUCAGUGUGCGUGUGUGCGUGUGUGUGUGUGUGUACUUUCCUUUUGAAAGAAAAUUGUUUUUGUAAUUUGAAUAUGAAAUUCAGACCAAAUAAUGAGCCAGGUCUAAACUAGCAAAGUUUGUUUUUUUUCUUCUCUCAGAAACUAAGCAACAAACAGUUCCAUGUGGUGCCAUCAGAUGAUGGUCCUGGGUAUAAAUAAAAGUCAAAGAGGGGUUUCACUUACUCUCCUAGUUCUCUUAAUCUGAAAAACAAUGUUAAAAUUCAGUACCCUGAGACUUAACUCUGUACUAUGGAAAACACAUGGAUUCAUCAAGGGAAUAACAGCGUUGGAUUUUGUUCUUUGCUUAUUAAUCUUAUUGCAUGAACCAUCACAAGCAUUCACAAAACAAAUCAGAAACACAAAUAGAAAUCUACUUUGGCUGAAGCACAAACACUUCUGCUCCUUCUUUCCCGUCUGAGUAGUUGGAAUUAUCAUAUGAAGGAUAAAAUUUAAUGUACAGACCUACAGAAAAACCUACUUUAAAAUCUCUGUGUCUUUAUGGGUGUUUCUGUUUUUUGUCAUUGUCCCAGAUUAUAGUAGUUGACAUAGGGGGGAGUUAUAUUUCUAACAAAAAAUAAUUUAUCUAGGGUCAGUGAAUUGGCUCAGUGGAUGAAGGUGCCUAUAAGCAUAAACCUGGUAACCAGACUCCAGAGUGAACCUCUAACCUCCACGUCUGUGUUCUGGCAUACAUGUGCACACCAUAUAAACACAUAUAUAGAACAACAACAACAUUAAUAAAUAAAGUCAAAUAAAAAUAACAAUUUGUCUAGAUAAAAGUCUAUGUAGACUAUAAUAUGAAAAGAUUCUACUUUAUUUUUCCCCCUUUUUACAAAGCUAUGCCCAAAUUUAGAGACAUUCUUACAUUCCCCUUGGGAAAGACCCUUUAGUGUCUUGGUAUCUAGGUUUUGGAGGUUUCAGUAUUGUUGUUUUCAGUUUAUUUUGUGUCAUUUAACAUGUGCUUUGUGACAGAUGACAUACUUGUCAAUUUCAAGUUGCCUAGCCUGAUACAGGCAGCUGGUUAAAAGCCUUUACACUGCUGUCAGAUUGAACAGUCUCUUCCAGACCUUUGGAUUAUGUGUUGUUCAAGGUCAUACUGUGCUUAGACAGUAGAAGUUUUGUUUUCUGGAGGGUUAAAAACUAAACAUAAAAUACACACACACACACACACACACACACACGCUUAUUCCUUAUAAAGCAAUGAGGCAAGCUACACUUGCCAGUCAUUCACUGCAAUGCAUGGAAUUUUCAGAUGCCUGGGUCUUCAGGACCCCUUUCGUUUUUUGCUAUCUACUGAGUCACCUGUCUGUGUGUGAUUAUAGUCUGUAAUGUAGCAGCAUAAGAUGACUUUAGAUUACUAAUGCUGAUUUAAAUAGCUUAAGUUCUCCUAAGAACCCAUCCCUGAGAAAAGAACACAUUGUCCAUGGAAUAUUAUAGGUAAACUAUUAGGACGAGGAUGGGAUUUGUCGCAAACAGGUUGGUGAAUCCUCAGGCAGAUAAUCCAGGUGAAAAACUGUAGAAUAUAUAUAGGGGGCAGGAGAUGUUUACUGCAUCUUAUACUUUUCUUUUGGUGCCCUGAAUGUUUAAAGAAGCCAGGAACAUGACAUCUGCUGGCUAUUGGAACUAUUGGUAUAAAAAAGUUGAGAGAAAUAGUUUAACUUCCCCCCCCCAACAACUCAACAAUAAAAUUGCUCUGACACUUGACAACAGCUUUGGGGAAGCUGCUUCUGAAGGGGCAGAGACUGAGAUCAUAUGCGUACUGUGAAAGCUGAGCCUUCGUCCUCAGCAUAAUUCUUACAGGUACUGUCUAUAAUGUAAGUGCCCUCUACCUGCCCUCUCUCCAGUCUCCCUGUUGAUCAUUUUAGGCCUAACUUUUGUUAGAAAUAGCCAGAACUAGAAAAAAAAAAAGCCAUCUGAAGUUUUGUGGGCUUCCUCUACUGAUCAGUCAGCUUCUAAGCCAUCACCAUGACCUUGGCCUGUGGUGAAUCCUGCUUGUCCUUCAGCAAACAUAGGGCCUGUGACAGCAGUUGCUGCCCCUCCUCAGUGAUCCAGUCUCCCCCAGAAAUUCGUUGCUAUUCUUUUAUGGAAGGUGCUGCAACAUGAAACACUAAUGCAGGCUAACCCACAGAACUUUGCUGAAAGGACUCCUGUCAUUUGGGACCAAGUCAUUUUUUUAUUUUGCUAGAAGACUUACCUUGUUUAUUUUAUUUCUGCACUUCACUAUGAAUUUUGGGAAUGCUAUCUUUCUCUGAAGGACUUUGAAAAUGAUAUUGAUAGUGUAUAAUAAAGAAAAGGAGCUUGCCAGGGUUUCCACCUCUUUCUGGAAUGUAGCUGUAGUAUUCUUCGAUAAAAUGAUUAGAUACCAAUGUCCAGGAACUAUGCAGUUAUCCAGGUUGAUGUUUCAUUUUAAAGAAUGUAUUUGUAAAAUGUAACAACAUCAGUAGCUAAUUUUUUAAGGUCUGAUAAAAGUAAGUUAAUGUGUUAGGCUUAAAAUUAUAGUGAGAGCUGUUUUAUACUAUUGUGACUAGUAAAGAUUAUGUAUUUAUGUAGAAACAUUUACAGAAUGCCAUAAAUAAGAGCUACUAGUUAAGACAGGUUUUGCUCCUGAUUUUCAGAAUUGUGAUGCUGCUAAUGUGUGUUUCUCUUGGUUUUUCAGAAACUCUCUAUAACAGUGACUAACCUUUUUGUUUCAUUCAGAGACAAGCUGUCCUGUUGGUUCACUAUUCCAGCAACUCGAAUUUUGUCAUUAAAUAUUUUAACUCUGUGGUGAAA